AUGGCCGAACCUAUGGACGUAGACGCACCCCAGCAGGUGCCACCGCCAGCGCCCAAGCCGAAGAACGCGAUGGAGGCGAUGAUGGCGAACGCGAAGAAGGGGAAGGGGAAGGAGACUGAUGCGGCGCAACCGGCGGUACUCGAUGAUGGAUUGCCUUGGGUGGAGAAAUAUAGACCUGUAUCGCUCGAUGAUGUGGUAUCGCACAAGGACAUUACGGGGACCAUUGAGAAGUUUCUUGACGCUGGUCGUCUACCCCAUCUUCUCCUCUAUGGCCCUCCUGGUACCGGUAAAACCUCUACUGUUCUCGCUUUGGCCAGAAGACUCUACGGAACAGCAUACAAGAAACACAUCCUCGAACUCAACGCCUCAGAUGACCGUGGUAUCGACGUCGUACGUGAUCAGAUCAAAAACUUUGCCAUGACCAAGGUCUUGUUCUCGAAGGGAUUCAAAUUGGUCAUUCUGGAUGAAGCAGAUAUGAUGACACAAGCUGCUCAAUCGGCGCUUCGUCGAGUCAUCGAGCAGCACACCAAGAACGUUCGAUUCUGUAUCCUCUGCAAUUAUGUCAACAAAAUCACCCCCGCCAUUCAGUCACGUUGUACGCGUUUCAGAUUCUCGCCUUUACCCGAGAGCGAAGUGAAGAUCAGGGUAGAUGAGAUCGUGGCGAAGGAGGGUGUGACUAUGACCAAGGACGGAGAGGCGGCUUUGCUCAAGCUUACGCGGGGUGAUAUGCGACGUGCUCUCAAUGUUCUUCAACAGGCAUGCCAUGCUGCUUAUGACAUUGUCGACGAGGCUGCCGUGUACAACUGUACCGGUAAUCCGCACCCCAAGGACAUUGAGCGUGUGGUGAAGAGCAUGCUGCAGGACGAGUUUGGAAGUGCAUAUGAUGCCAUCACAAAGCUCAAGAUCGACAAAGGUCUCGCUCUGCAGGAUCUCAUCGCAGGUGCCUACGAUUUCCUGGAUACCGUGGAACUGCCAAAGCAGAGCAGGAUAUACCUGCUGGACCACCUGGGGAGCACCGAACACCGGUUGUCGCUGGGAGGGUCUGAGAAGAUGCAGUUGACGGCGCUGCUGGGGGCGUUCAAGGUGGCCGUCGAGCUGUCCCAGAAGCAGAUAUAG